UACGGCGACCACUGGCGCCACAUGCGCAAGGUGUGUGUCAUGGAGCUCCUCAGCUCCAAGCAGGUGAGGCGCAUGGAGAGCGUCAGGGCUGAGGAGAUGGGCAGCCUCCUCCACUCCAUGACAGCGUCAGCUGGCGCCACCCUCAACGUCAGCCAGAAGGUGGCGGCGCUGAGCAACGACGUGGUGGCGCGGGCGGUCUUCGGCGGCAAGUUCAGCCAGCAGGAGGAUUUCAUCCACGCGUCCAACCGGAUCAUGGACCUGCUGGGAGGCUUCUUCCUCAUCGACCUCUUCCCAUCCUCGAGGCUCGUGCGGUGGUUGAGCAGCGAGGAGCGCCGCGUUAGGAGCAGCCGCGACGUCAUGCAGCACAUCAUCACCGACGUCCUCAACGAGCGCAAGGCUGUGCGAGCUGCCAGUAACGGCGGCACCGGCGACGAGGGGCUGCUAGACGUGCUGCUCACACGGCAGGAGAAGGACUCGCUGGAAUCCCCUCUAACCACAGAGAUGAUAACCACCGUCUUGUUUGAUAUGUUUGGAGCUGCUACUGAUUCCACUUCAACCACUUUAGAGUGGGCUAUGUCGGAACUCGUCAAUCAUCCAGAAGCUAUGGCCAAGGCACAAUUGGAGGUCCGUGAGGUACUAGGUCCAGAUCGAGCUAUCAUUGCCAGUAGCGACCUCGGAGAACUCCACUACAUGCGGAUGGUCAUCAAGGAAACUUUUAGAUUGCAUCCUCCUGCUCCUCUACUUAACCGCACGAAUGAAGAGGACUGCAAAAUUAUGGGUUAUGACAUGCUUAAAGGUACAAAUAUAUACAUUAAUGUCUUCGCAAUUUCCCAGGAUCCUCAAUACUGGAACAAUCCUGAAGAGUUUAAUCCGGAGAGGUUUGAGAACAGUAACAUGGAUUAUAACGGGACAUGCUUCGAAUUCACUCCUUUCGGGUUCGGGCGACGCCUUUGUCCUGGGAUAACAUUUGCCUCAUCAAUUUUUGAGAUGGCAUUGGCAAACUUUCUCUAUCACUUUGACUGGAUGCUGCCUGAUGGGGCCAUCUCAGAGUCGGUGGACAUGUCCGAGAAAUUUGGGUUAAUUGUACGCAGAAGUUCUGACCUGCACCUCAGAGCUAUUCCACACCUAUGCUCCAAAGCUAUGGAGAUUUAA